AUGCGUCUCCCCAGUCUUCGUUGCUUGGCGAGUGCGUUACUGGUCUUCAACUCCAUUGUCGAUGCCCAAACGUACGAUGCCAUUGUCGUGGGUAGUGGCCCUGGCGGUCUCGUAGCUGCCGAGUAUUUGUCACGAGACUCAAGUGUCUCCGUGUUGAUCCUCGAAGCCGGGCCCAGAUCUUUGGCUGCUACUGGUGGAACGGACUCCCCGGACUACGCUCAAGGCCGAGGUCUCACGAAAUUCGACAUCCCCGGUGAAUACGACAGUGUCAUUUACAACGGAGCCAACGAACAGUACCGUGUCGAGUGGAUCAGUGACGCCUACAUGUGGCUCGGUAAGCUCGUGGGUGGAUGCUCCUCCAUCAACGCAGCGCUCUACUUCCGACCCCCCGACUCGUACAUCACCAACACGCAGUGGCCGUUCUCAGCAGCUCAAAUGGUCUCCAAGAUGAACGAGAACGAGCAAAUUCAUGGCCACACGGACAGACCGUCAAGUGACGGUAUCUGGUACACUCAAGAAGGGUAUUCCAUCGUAUCCAGAGCUCUACUAGCAAGGGGGUACGCUGAACGCACCAUCAACGACGCUGCAGCACGCAAUAGCAAGAGCAAGACGUUCGGUCAUGCUCCAUUCACCUUUAAGAACGGCAAACGAGACACCCCCGCCAAUGCCUUCUGGGGACGAAUGAGCAGUAGGAGCAACGUGAGGCUACUCACUGGAGCCAAGGUCGACUACAUCUUACGAGCUUCUGGGGGUAAGGCUACGGGUGUCGUCUACAACGGCGGAACUCAAGCUCUACUGUCGUCUCGAGGUACUGUACUUAUGGCUGCGGGUGCGUUGAGUACGACCAAAGUAUUGAUUCAAAGCGGCAUCGGCCCGAGCUCGCAGCUUAAUGUGCUUAAUGGCCGCAAUGGGUUCCCUGGCGUCUCUCAAGCUGCAGGAUGGGUCACGAACGCCAACGUCGGGCGGAAUCUGUUCGACACCAACGUGGUGUUUGCCUCAUUCUCACACCCUCAGAUGAGCUCCUUCCUGUACAAGAACAAACCCAGUUGGGCGAUCAAUCAGUACAUGAACCAAGGCUUCACUGGACCCUGGAGUAGUCCCGGACCAACCCUUAUCAGCUACGAGAACUACGACGUUCAAGGACGCACGUACGAGUUCCAGUCGACUGCACUUACGAAUGGCUUUGGAGAGUUCUACGGUCGUAGUAAUGCAUUCACUCUAGCACUAUACAUUAACAAUCCGGAGUCCAGAGCAGCUUCGGGGUUCGAUGGGAACACCAACUGGAGGGCGUUCAACGAAGGUACGCCCUACUACGGUACGAGUCGCGAUCUGGCCGCGUUGCAGUCAUAUGCACAACGUACAGUUAGUGCCAUGGUAGCUCAAGGAGCCACGUUCCUUUCGGCUGGUUCGGACGAUAUAUCGGUAGCAAACUGGGUUGCAGCCAACCGGGGAUUAAUCACACACCACUUCGGUGGUAGCUGCUACGCAUCCAGCAACUCAGGCGACACUAGGCGAUGCGCUGACGAGAGACUACGUGUCCUUGGUAUGAGCAACGUGUUCGUAGCUGAUGCUAGUGCCAUGCGCGACGGUACCGUCAACCCGUACGGCUUCAUCAUGUACAUUGGUCGAGAGGCUGCCGAUCAAGCCAAGACUUUUAUUACUGCGAACACCGGUACCGGCGGCACCUGCUCAACAGCAGAGAAUAAUGUCGAUUACAUCGGCAAUGAUCUGACGAGUAGAACGAGUUCGACUGCCAGUGGGUGCUGCUCUAUAUGCUCUACUACUAGUGGCUGUAACGCGUACUCGUGGACCAAUUACAACGGCGGUACGUGCUGGCUAAAGAGCGCGAGGGGCACGACACAGAGUAAGAGUGGUGUUAUAUCUGCUACGUUGAAUGGUGGCCCUACGUCGAGCUGUACGACGAUCGAAGAAAACGUCGACUAUACCGGUAAUGACGUCGGCAAUGCACUGAGUGGCUCAGCCGAAGGUUGUUGCGCGAUCUGCCGGGCUCGAAAUGAUUGCAAGGCGUACACUUGGACGGAUCACAAUACCGGUACCUGCUGGCUCAAGAGUGGGAAGGGAGCCUUUACGACGAAGACUGGAGCGAGGUCAGCUCGAGUCAGCUCGACGUCACCUACGUGCACGUUGGUGAAUAACGUCGACUACAAUGGCAACGACAUCGGCAACUCGCCCAGCGCUGCGGCGACUGGAUGUUGCGAUAUUUGCCGUGGAAGAACGGGGUGCAGGGUGUUCACUUGGUCGAACUAUAACGGAGGCACCUGCUGGCUAAAAUCACAGCAAGGACCCGGAACGACGGUCGCGGGUGCCGUAUCUGGAACCAUCUAA